AAAUUGUUAGGAAUAAACAGCUACACAACGCAUCUACUACACCUUUAGGAAAAGCGUAGGACUCACCCGCCAUUUGGUGGGGAAACAAGGGUAAAUUCGUCCUAUCAAAUUCAACUCCUUUUCUCCCUCUCGCCACCCUCACUCCUCUCUUACGCUUCCCUUCCACCACCGUCACCCUCCGCUCCCAACCACUCUCCACGCCCGCACUCGGCGGCGGAGUACGCCCCUACACACCAUUUCCCGGGCGAGAUAAAAAGCAUUACCAAACAUGACGACUCCGCCGCCGCCGAGGGCAACUCCGGGCCCCAACACGCCGCUGCUCCGCGCGGGGGCCCCGGCCCCGGCCCGGCCCGCCAGAGUGAAGCUGCGGACCCUGCUGCGCGUGGCGUCGGUCUCGUGCGGAAUUCAGUUCGGUUGGGCGCUGCAGCUAUCGCUAUUGACCCCGUACGUGCAGGAGCUGGGCAUACCGCACGCGUGGGCCAGCAUCAUCUGGCUCUGCGGCCCCAUCUCCGGCCUCUUCGUGCAACCGCUCGUCGGCCAGUUCAGCGACCGCUGCACCAGCCGCUUCGGCCGCCGCCGCCCCUUCAUAGUCGUCGGCGCCCUCUCCAUCGUCUUCUCCGUCCUCAUCAUCGGCUUCGCCGCCGACCUCGGCUGGUGGCUCGGCGAUCGCCGCGACACCGGCGAGAUUAAGAUUAGGGCGGUCGCGGUCUUCGUGAUCGGUUUCUGGGUUCUCGACGUCGCAAAUAAUAUGACUCAGGGCCCCUGCCGCGCACUCCUCGCUGAUCUAACAGGAAAGGAUCACAGGAGAACUCGAGUAGCAAAUGCUUAUUUCUCCCUAUUUAUGGCUGUUGGUAAUAUACUUGGAUAUGCAGCUGGAUCCUACAGUGGCUGGUUCAAGAUUUUCCCUUUUACUCUUACUUCUGCUUGCAACGUCAGCUGUGCUAAUCUGAAGGCAGCAUUCAUUAUUGAUGUGGUAUUUAUCGUAGUAACUACAUGCAUAAGCCUGUCAGCAGCUAAAGAACAGCCCUUGACAUCUCUCAGUGCUUCUCCUCAAUCUGGUGAAGAAGGUUCUUAUGAGCGUGAAGCUUUACUUUGGGAACUCUUUGGAACAUUUAGAUAUCUCCCUGGUACUGUUUGGGUAAUCCUUCUUGUUACUGCCCUAACCUGGAUCGGGUGGUUUCCAUUUAUUCUUUUUGAUACGGAUUGGAUGGGUCGUGAGAUAUAUGGUGGGGAGCCUAAUGCUGGGGACAAUUACAACCAGGGAGUGAGAAUGGGUUCACUCGGCCUGAUGUUGAACUCGGUGGUCCUUGGGAUCACAUCUGUGUUUAUGGAAAAGCUUUGCCGGAGAUGGGGUGCUGGUUUCACAUGGGGACUUUCGAAUGUCCUCAUGGGCCUCAUCUUUGUAGCAAUGCUUAUCAUUGGUGCCAUCAGGAGUAAUAUGGAUCUUAACGGCGGUCCUCCUCCAGAUGGUAUUGUGGUAGCUGCCCUACUAGCAUUUACAUUUCUUGGUGCUCCGUUGGCCAUGACAUAUAGUGUUCCUUAUGCAUUGGUAUCUACACGAAUUGAAGCUUUAGGCCUUGGCCAAGGGUUAUCCAUGGGUGUUCUGAACAUGGCAAUUGUAAUCCCACAGAUGAUCGUGUCCCUGGGAGCCGGUCCAUGGGAUCAACUCUUUGGUGGUGGCAAUGCCCCAGCCAUAGCUGUCGGAGCAAUUUCUGCAUUUAUCGGAGGGCUUAUUGCCAUCUUGGCGAUUCCUAGAACAAGGGUUGAAAAACCUAGGAUCCACCAUUAGGUACCAGCUCAGCCAUUCGGAGUUUAGAACAACUUUUCCAUAUCAGAACAUGGUAUAUCUGAAGUUAGAAGGUCCUAGACAUCGUUGCGUUUCUGAUUCUGCUGGUACGUAUCCGUGGUUUUGGAUUCAUAUACUGUAUUUGUAUAGGAGGAAUGCAUUAAAUCUAUCUAGGAAUCACAUGGAUUCUGCAGAAAAUGGCUGGAGGGGGGAAUCUGUGAAGCUUGUAUCGUAUUUGGAUUUACGUUUUCCACGUGUAGAAUAAAGAAGGCACGACGUGAGCAUCGUUUGAGUGAAGUUUUGUUGUCAUGUAACUGAUUCACGUAUAUAUGUCUGGGGAGACCAUUUACGGCGGCCAAGUCCGGUGUCGUCGGAGUAUACAACCGAACAGUGAACAGGUAGUAGUUAAGAAGAAUAAAUUUCUUAAAUGGUCUCUUUGAUCAUCAUGGAUGAAUCGUGUGUUUGAUGUUAUUGGCAUGCUCAAAUUGUAGUAACUAAGUAGUGUGUAAAUUAUGAUCCAGAAUUGCAAUAAAAUAUGUAUCAUCUGUGUACAAUUUAUGCAACAUUCUUUCUGAAAAAUGCAAUCUAUCCCAAACUCA